UUAUUAUUAGGUCACUCCUACACAACAUAAGCAACAACAAACAAUCCUCUUUCUUGUGCUCAUAAACAUAGAAUGGGUUAUACCGCAGUUAAAGUUUUUGUCGUGUUUGGGCUUUUGGCCACCGCAUGCUUAGCGCAAGCCCCUGGACCUGCACCCACCCAACCACCAUCAGCAACCCCAUCACCACCCACGUCAGCACCUGCUCCAUCACCCACCGCCAACGCGCCUCCUCCUGCGGCUGUACCUACACCAGCACCAGCCACACCCACACCAACACCAACACCAACACCAACGCCACCUCCUUCAACUCCUCCACCAACUCCUUCUUCUCCCGCACAGGCCCCCGGCCCAAACACCUCAUCCCCUCCCGCACCAAGCCCAUCAGGCCCAACACCAGGCCCAGCUCCAGAGCAACCAGCUUCUGAGCCUCCCUCCGCAGCAUUCUCCAUAAGCAAGGCUUACAUUGCUGCCACCGCUCUUGUGGGAACCUUCCUUGCCGUGACUUUGGCUUAAUUACAACUUUUAAUUAUGAUUAAGAGAAAAUAUUUUAUUUAUUUCGGCUUUGGUAGCUGUUGAGUUUCUCUGCUUCAUUAUGUUUUUUCGUUUGUGUUUUCUUUCUUCAUUGCUACAUGAUUCGGUGAUUCUUCUCAUUCCUGUAUCUAGAUCAAUGUAAAAACGCUUCAUUCUUUUGCUCUCAUAA